CCAGCACCGUGUUUCCUACCUCUUCUGAAUCUCCUGUAUGUGAUCUGCCCAUAGGAUUUCCGCUACUUGCAUAGGCAAUUAAUCGCUGAUACUGCAGUCUACGCGUCGCUAAAAAGAUAGCUGUGUCCUACAAGGGAACUAAAAUGUGCCUAUAGUAGUUUGAUGGAUUUGCAAACUGCGUACCGUCUUUGUUGACAUCCUUUGGUUUCUCGCAGAUGCCCAGCAUUGAUUUCCUCUAAUGAUAGUUCCUUUGGGUGUUUCACGUAGGCCGGGCAUUCUUUGGCAGGUACCGGCGAGGGCCGAGAGGACGACCAUUAAUUUAAAUUACCAGCAUAGUCCACAGUGAUAUAAAAAGCAACGAUUCUACUCCACAACCAACACCAGCAAACGCUAACCUCACACCUCCAAGCAUUCGCAUCUCCACCUCAUACAUCCCUUCUGCCCAAGCAUCCUCCCCAAAACCGGACUUCCCCAUAUCAACAGAAUGCGCGCAUUUACCUUCCUCGCCCCCUUCCUUCUGGCCACGCUGUCUGCGGCCGCCCCGACUGGCCCUUCGCUGUCUACGCGCCAGGAGCAGAACCCGGCCGUGCAGAAGAUGGUCAGCUGCGGCGUCAAGAAGGAAGACAUUGACGGAUUGACCCCGAUUGCCGAGCAGUUCAAGGAGAACGUCACCACAGAUGGCCUCGAGACCCUGACAAACAUCCUUGGACAUGUCGCCAGCUCGGUCGGCAGCGGGCCAUUUGCACCCUUGCAGAUCGCCUUGGGCGUUACCAAGGAGCUGACCCGUGAUGUGAACAUCACGCCUCAGAACCUCAAGCAGCUGGUGUCGUUUGUCGGCGAUAACCUUGAGAACCUGCCUUGCCUUGUCAACGGCAAAUAAAUCCUGCUACCGGAUUGUUUCUUGGUACCCCUCCCUCCUCUCCUUUUUCUCCAACUUAUAUUUUCCCUCUCACAAUAAAGCCGUGCAUGCCGCC